AUCAGCUGAUCUUAUAAUUUAAUUUUCCAGAAAUAAAAUUAAAUUAAAAAAAAAAAAAAAAGGAACUAACUAAAAUGUCUGAAGAAUCGAAGUCAGAGUUGGAAAAAAUUUUUGACAUUGCUAAAAAAGAUGACAAUUUAAUAACAAUUGGAACUACAGUUGAUACAGGAUUCGAAUGGCAGGCCAUUGAUGAGUGCAGAGAAAAAAUAUCGCAGAAUUUACGGGUUUUUAAAGAUCGAGGGAAAAUAUAUUUUAAUAUUCCAAUAGAUGAUUUCUAUAAGGUCGAACAAUUGAAAUCAAUAGACAAUAUUUAUAUACUAGCUGAUGUUAAAUAUUAUUCAUACAACAAAGACGACAAGGAAUAUAAUUUUAAACUUCUUAAAGACUCGUUAUUAACAAAUAAGUCUCAAUUAGACAAGAGUAUAAAUGCGUGGAAAAAAUUUACUAAAUUUCCUGGAAAAAUAUUUCCUUCUAUUGAAGAGUAUGAAAAAGUAGUAGACACUCAUAAGGCAGCAAAAGAAGAGCAAAAAAAAAAUUCAGCUGAUGAAAAAUCUGUGCCGGGUAAAAAGAAACGAGGCAAAGAUCCAGCGUCGGCUAAUGAAAAUGAUAUCCUGUCUUAUCGAGUAUCCUGUGAAAGGUCCGGAAUUCAUGCAUUUGAAUCACAGGAAGUUGCUGUUAAUUUAGGCGGAGAGUUUAAUGAUUUGUAUAAUUGGAUCGUUGAUUUGACGGAUUAUCAGCUGGAAAUUUUGUACAAAAUAACUCACGGUGAGACAAUUUUGCAUUUACGUGUUACUACUGAGUCAAUGCAUCGGAGAAACAUCGCGUUCUUUGGUCCUACAACCUUAAGAGCAACAAUUUGUUAUAAUUUAUUGCGACUAGCUAAACCCAAACCCGGUGAAAUUAUUAUCGAUCCAAUGUGUGGUGGCGGAUCUAUUCCCAUUGAGGCAGCAAAAGAAUUUCCAUUAUCUUUUAUUAUUGGUGGAGAUAAUCAUGAGAAAGCUAUGGAAAGAUCAAGAUUAAAUAUUUCAAUGCUACCGAAAGCUUAUAAAACAGAUUUAAUUAAAUGGAAUUUGGAAAAAUUACCAUUUAAAGAUUCAUAUGUUGAUGCUUUUGUAACAGACAUGCCGUUUGGUAAAAGAAUGGGAUCGAUGUCAGACAAUCGAGUUCAGUAUAAAAAAUACUUACUAGAACUAGGUCGUGUUGUUAAAAUGAAAUAUGGACGAUUAGUUUUAUUAACUUACGAUCGACGAAGUAUUACUGUGGCUUUAAAAUCAGCCUCAGAUUUAUUUAGAGUAAAAAAAACUUUAUCUAUAAGUAUGGGAGGACUCAAUGCAGCGGCUUACGUUUUAAAACGUACAAAUUUAACAUACGAAAGUUUUAUCUCCAGAGUAACGACACUCGUCAAGCCACGAAAGUCAUCGUCAUCUUCCGAUAAAUCAGAGUAGUCAAUUUUAAAAUUCAAUAAUUUCUACUUUAUUAUUUUUUAUUUAUAAUUAAUCCUUAUAGUCUAUAAGUUUUUUAAGGACAAUAAAAAAAAUGAAAAUUA